AUGACGGAAAAGCAAUUCAUUAGCGCACUGGCCUUCUUGGCCUUCUUUAUCGAGCAGUCUUCUGCAUGGUCGAUUUCCACGAGCGACCGAUCCUUGCAAUUUCAAUAUCGUCGAUCAUCAGCGAGUUGCCCGAGAAUGGUUUCCAUGGAAAGUCAAGACGUUGGCGUUGCUGAUGAUUCACUGAGUUCGUUCGACCCUGAAAUUUCAGCUAUAGUGAAUGCGGAAGAUGCAAGGCAACGAAAGGGGCUUGAAUUGAUUGCAUCCGAGAAUUUUGCCAGCAAAGCCGUUCGUGAAGUUCUUGGGAGCUGUUUGACGAACAAAUACAGCGAAGGUGGAGUCGGAAGAAGAUAUUAUGGGGGCAAUGAAUUCAUUGAUCAAAUAGAGACCAUAUGUAUGAAGCGAGCGUUGGAUUUGUAUGGGUUGGAGGAAGAUGAAUGGGGGGUAAAUGUGCAACCGUAUUCUGGAUCACCAGCAAAUUUUGCGGCAUACACAGCUCUUCUCCAACCUCAUGAUCGUAUCAUGGGACUAGACUUGCCGUCUGGUGGCCACUUGACUCAUGGAUUCCAAACCGCAAAGAAAAAAGUCUCUGCGACAAGUGUCUAUUUCGAAAGUUUGCCUUAUGUUGUCUCGGAGGAAACUGGGUUGGUGGAUUAUGAUGACAUGGCGAAGAGGGCUACAAUGUUCAUGCCUAAGCUCUUGAUUGCUGGUGGAUCUGCCUACCCACGCGAAUGGGACUAUCAGCGAAUGCGUGAAAUCGCAGACUCGGUUGGAGCAAAGUUGAUGGUAGAUAUGGCCCACAUCUCAGGCCUUGUCGCUGGUAAAGUUGCCAAGAGUCCAUUUGAAUACGCUGAUGUUGUCACUAGCACAACUCACAAAACUUUGAGAGGUCCUCGCUCUGGUAUGAUCUUUGGAAGGGUUCAGUACAUGGAUGCCAUCAAUGCAGCGGUCUUCCCCUCAUUGCAAGGCGGCCCACACAAUCACCAAAUAGGAGCUCUUGCAGUUGCACUAAAAGAAGCAGCCCAACCCAGCUUUGAAAAUUACGCUCUGUCGAUUAUUCGAAAUGCCAAAGCUUUGGGCAAAGGGCUGGUGGAGCGUGGUCAUGUCAUUGCCACAGGAGGAACAGACAAUCAUAUCUUGCUUUGGGACGUUCGACCUCUCGGUUUGACAGGAUCAAAGGUCGACACUGUAUUGGAGCAAGUUCACAUUACAGCAAACAAGAAUAGUCUACCUGGAGACGUGUCCGCGAUCAACCCAGGUGGUGUUAGACUUGGCACACCUGCCCUCACGACCCGUGGUUUGAAGGAAGAUGAUUUUGAUCAAGUUGCAGAAUUUCUUCACCGUGCCUGCAACGUCGCUAUCGAAGCGCAAAAGAUUGCGCAGCUAGAAGUGCAAGCAGAAUUUGAAAGCGAUCCAACCUCAAGGAAAUCAAAGAAGGUUCUAUUGAAGGAUUUCAAAUCAGUAUUGGCAAACAAUGAAGGCAUAAGGCAAGCCAUCGAAUCACUCGGGGACGAAGUUGAGACCUUUUCCACUCCAUUCUACAUGCCUGGAUAA